AUGGAGGUCAUUGCCCGAGCAACCAUCACUGCCAAGACCGCUGGAACCCCCACACAUGCAAGUGCGAGGGCAAGUGGUGCGGGAACCAUGACCCUCGCUGCAAAGACUGGAACUGGGGGCACUGCAAGUGCAACUCUCAGGGCCAAUGUCCGCACAAUCAUCACUGCCAAGACCGCUGGAACCCCCACACAUGCAAGUGCGAGGGCAAGUGGUGCGAGAACCAUGACCCUCGCUGCAACAACUGGAACUGGAAGACAUGCUCAUGCAGUCACAGAGGGCUGGUGUAAAUUCUCAAUUUGGAAGGGAAGGCAAUCACUGCGGAACGCACUUCAAUUUUUAAGCUGCUCACUCGUGUAA